AUGGAUGCCAUCAAGAAGAAGAUGCAGAUGCUUAAGCUCGACAAGGAGAAUGCCUUGGACAGAGCUGAGCAGGCUGAGUCAGACAAGAAAGCAGCUGAGGAUAGAAGCAAGCAGCUCGAGGAUGACCUGGUGGCACUGCAGAAGAAGCUGAAGGCAACUGAGGAUGAGUUGGACAAAUACUCAGAGGCUCUGAAGGAUGCCCAGGAGAAACUGGAGCUGGCUGAGAAGAAAGCCACAGAUGCUGAGGGUGAUGUAGCUUCCCUGAACAGACGUAUCCAGCUGGUUGAGGAGGAGUUGGACCGUGCACAGGAGCGUCUGGCCACAGCCCUGACCAAGCUGGAGGAGGCUGAGAAGGCUGCUGAUGAGAGCGAGAGAGGCAUGAAGGUUAUUGAGAACAGGGCGAUGAAGGAUGAGGAGAAGAUGGAACUGCAGGAGAUCCAGUUGAAGGAAGCCAAACACAUUGCUGAGGAGGCUGACCGCAAAUACGAGGAGGUGGCUCGUAAGCUGGUGAUCAUUGAGAGCGACUUGGAACGUGCAGAGGAGCGCGCUGAGCUGUCUGAGGGCAAAUGCUCAGAGCUUGAGGAGGAGCUGAAGACCGUACAGAACAACCUCAAGUCUCUGGAGGCUCAGGCCGAGAAGUACUCGCAGAAGGAGGACAAGUACGAGGAGGAGAUCAAGGUCCUGACAGACAAGCUGAAGGAGGCUGAGACCCGUGCUGAGUUCGCUGAGAGAUCAGUCGCCAAGCUUGAGAAGACCAUUGACGAUUUGGAGGAUGAGCUUUAUGCCCAGAAACUGAAGUACAAGGCCAUCAGCGAGGAGCUGGACCACGCCCUCAACGACAUGACUUCCAUCUAA